AAAGACUACUAGGUUUUCAACACAGAGCCUCUGUAGCACCACCACAAAUCAAUGGCAGCUCGGUCGUCGUUAGCUGGUAUCGAGGUUCCCAUAAUUGGCAGCGACUCCAUCAAAUGGUUCCAUGUCUCCGUCCCUUCAACUUCUACAUCUACAUCGACUCCGCCAUCACCGCCUGAGCCCUUUGCUCCUCCCACCGAAGAUGCAUCAUCUUGCUGCAACAUUGGAGACCCUCCUACCUAUUUCAUUUGGAGAAUAAACAAGACUUCCCCAAAUAUCCUGGAGAUAGUGGAAUUCUGUAGUUUUGCAGAAUUUCCAAGGGUUGGAUUGCAGAUUGAAUUUGCUAAUGCACUCUGUCCAUUUGCUUUGAUAUGCAAAAAUGAGUUCUCUAGUUCUUCUGGAAACCCAUACAUGCUUUACACGUUGACUGCUGCUGGAGUUGCUUACCUUAUUAGACUGACUGAUAUUACCAACUAUGCAUCGUGCUCUGUUUUUCCACCUAAUGAGGUUGUUGAGUUGAAUAUCCAAAGUUAUUGUAAUUAUGGAGCCAUAACGGCUACAUCAGCAACCGCUGGGUGCCUUAUAAUAGGAGGAAGGGACGGAUCGGUUGGUUGUUUCGGACUUGGCAUCCUUGAUCCUAGUGUUCCAGGUUUUCUGCAUGAACUACGAGAUGAUUCCAGUUUUGGUCGCUUGUGGAAUUUAAUGUCGAGGAAGACUAUUGCUGCCGUGAAGGGUCUGUUAUGUUUAGAGAUUCAAGGGAAAAAACUUAUUUUUGUGCUUCAUUUGGAUGGAGUAUUACGAGUGUGGGACCUUUUGAGUUGUAGUAGACUUCUUAGUUAUACCAUGAAUGCUUCAACAUUGGAAGGUACUACAUUCACGAGGUUAUGGGCAGGUGAAACUAACAAUGAUACAAGUACAAUGCCUUUGGCGAUUCUGCAUAAAAUUAAUUCGGAAGUUGAUGCGGAGAUGAUCUCCUUGUACAGUUUGCAUUUUAGUCUGGAAGGGAACACUAACCUUUUUCUUGAGCCUUCAACAUUGAACAUCUCUCUGGAGGAGGGUGCACUCAUUGAUGUCAAACUUUCUUCAAAUAAAAUCUGGAUACUCAAAGAAGAUGGAUUGCUACUGCACAAUUUAGGUUCAAGCGAGAGCCGGUACGAGCAAUGCUUUGGUUUACAGGAAGCAUUUGUUGCGGAACAAUUAUUUCAAAGCUCUGAGCAUUCUGCAGAUGAUCUUUUUUGGCUUGCUCAUUCACUAUAUCCAUCUGCAAAGGAGCAAAUUUCCCCUCAUGUGUCUACAAUCUUCUUGCGUAUGCUAUUUCUUCCUGGCAUUUACCAUAAUUCUGUUCUCCGAGCAACACUACAAGAACAUAACAAGCACUUGACUGAUUCUGAGUUUCACUCUUUAACCGCUGAUGGAAUGAAAAAGGAGAUCGUUUCUGUAAUUGAGCAUGAGGGUGUUUCCAGGAGUUCUCUUUCACUUCUAUACUGCUGGAAGAACUUCUGUUCGCACUACUUGGACAACUGGUGUAACAAGAAUGCACCGUGUGGGUUACUUCUUGAUUCGGCUUCUGGUGCUAUUGGUUUAAUAAGAAAAUCCUCAGUUUCUGUAUUGCGUUGUUUGGAGGAUAUAGAGCUUCUUGCCUUUGGGUCUUUCGAUGAACUGGGUGAAAUUGCAAGCUCUAGGAUCAACUUAUCUGGUGAUCUUGAACGGGAAGUACUUUUUGAGGUGCUGCGAUGCACCAGUAGCCUUAGCCAACAGCUAGGAAAAGGCGCUGCUGCUUUAUUUUAUGAAUCUUUUUUCAGUGAACCAUCUAUGUCUCCUGAAGAUGUUGUUGGGUGUUUGUUGAAGACUUUAGAAACCAGAUCUACUUCUUCAAUAGCAGCUCUCCAUGUUUCGGAGGUAGGUGUUGAUACUGCAUGGGAGAAGGAAGUGGGUGACCACAAAAUUCUUCGGAAGUUCUCUGCAGAUAUGUUCUUAUCUCUUCAUGGUUUGUACCGCAAAGCUUCGAUGUGGGACCAAGUUGUGGAUGUUAUAUUAAAGUACUUGAACUUUUUAGUGCCUCAAAAGAUUGAACAGAAAUUGGAUUAUGAAGCAAUUUUUGACAUUAGUGCUUGCAUAACAGUCCAAGUGACGUCACAAGUUGCCAAAGUGAUGUUUGAAUCUGCAGUGGACAUGUUAUUGCUGCUGAGCUACAUGGUGAAGUUAGGUGGCCAGAUAAAUAUGUUACCUGAUGAUGUUUCCAGGGUGCAACUCGAGUUAUUUCCAUUGAUUCAAGAAAUUAUUACUGAGUGGCAUAUAAUACAUUUCUUUGGAACCAGACCUUGUGAAUCACCUGCCAUGGAAGAUUUCAGUUCUCAACUCUCUUUAUUACAAAUUGAUAGCAGCAUCGACCGAAGAUCAUGGAAUGACAAGCUUGGCAAAUGUGACUUCACUUUGGCUUUUAUUCUCUUACUUGAUCAUCAAAGUUCAUUUGGAGAUCAGAGCCGUGUUGAUUCAAGACAUCUUCCUCACCCCAGCUCUUUCAUUGCUCCAGUACGGAACUUCAUAAGCUGGAUAGUUUGGGGCAGGAGUGAAGAUGGGUCGUCUUCUUUUUCGUCUCGCUCAACUAUGCUUGCUUUGAUCUUGCUUAAACAUGGACAGUUUGAUGCUGUUGAGCAUCUUCUUACUUUGGUGAACCAAAAUCUUCUCAAGGAGAAAUUAUCUAGCAGUAUCCAGGGUGUAAAUGAUGAAUGGUGCAUGCUCCUUCACCUUCUUGGCUGUUGUCUGCUUGCACAAGCACACCGUCAAACACCACGAACUUCUACUGACAAGAAAGUUCAUGAAGCUAUUUGCUGCUUUUUCAGAGUUGCAUCUUUGCAUGGGGCUUCAAAGUCGUUGCAGAGUUUGUCAUAUGAAUCCAGAUUUCCUCACCUUGGUUUCUCUGAUCAUAUCUCGCCUGCAGCUUGGAAGCUUCAUUAUUAUCAGUGGGCGAUGCAGAUAUUUGAGCAAUAUAAUAUGAGUGCAGGUGCCUGCCAUUUUGCUCUUGCUGCUCUUGAACAAGUUGAUGAAGUUUUGGGUCUUAAAGAUACUUACUCAGGGGAAGAUUUUCUCAGUGAAUCACCAACUACUGCUAAAGGACGGCUUUGGGCUAAUGUAUUUAAAUUUACACUUGAUUUGAACGAUUACUAUGAUGCAUAUUGCGCAAUUAUUUCGAAUCCAGAUGAAGAAAGCAAAUACAUUUGCUUGAGGCGUUUUAUCAUCGUCCUUUAUGAGCGUGGUGCAAUUAAGGUUACUUUUUCAAUACUUUCAGUUGGUUGUAUUCUUUGUGAUGGCCAAUUGCCUUUUAUUGGUUUAACCGAGAAGGUUGAGCAGGAGCUUGCUUGGAAGGCAGAGCGUUCAGAUGUUUCAGUAAAACCAAACCCUUAUAAAUUGCUAUAUGCAUUUGAAAUGCAUCAACAUAACUGGCGCAAGGCUGCAAGUUAUAUGUACCUUCAUUCAAUACAACUGAAAAGUGAAGCAGCUUUGAAAGAUUACCAACUCAGAUCGUUGGCUCUUCAAGAAAGAUUGAACUGCCUUUCUGCCACUAUAAAUGCACUGCAUCUUGUUCGUCCAACCUGUGCAUGGAUCAAUCCAUUGCUUCAAGGAAAGUCUAUACAGAAAGAAUUAUAUCCAAGUAAAAAGGCUAGAAUAACAAUUCCAGAGCAGGAAGCUAAUGGUCAUCUCUCAAGUCAGAAACUGGAUUCCUGCAUGGAUAUUGAGAAACUUGAAAAUGAGUUUGUGUUAACAUCAGCAGAAUAUUUGCUCUCUCUAGCAAAUAUUAAAUGGACAUUUACUGGGAUUGAGAAACCUCCACCAAAUUUGGUUGAGUUGCUGGUUCAGUCAAAUCUAUACGAUAUGGUUUUCACAGUAAUUCUAAAUUUUUUUAAGGGUUCAGCAUUAAAGAGGGAACUGGAAAGAGUUUUCAUUGCCAUGUCGUUGAAAUGCUGUCCAAGCAGGGAAAAUUAUAAAAAGCAUGGUCUGCUCCUAACAUCAUCAAAGGAUGAGGCUAUUCAUGAUUCCCAUGACAUAAUUCCUGCAGCACAACAUUGCAAGGGAAACGAUCAGUGGGAUGCACUUGAGCAAUACAUGGAAAAGUAUAAAUGUUUUCAUUCUAGAUUACCAGUAGUUGUUGCAGAAACCCUUCUCUAUGCUGAUCGAUUGAUUGAGCUUCCUCUUUGGCUUGUGCAGAUGUUCAAGUGCACACUCAAGGGAAACUGGGGCAUGGCUGGGGCAGAAUCAAGUCCUGCAUCACUGUUCCAACUCUAUGUCGAUUAUGGACGAUAUGCAGAAGCUACUAAUCUGCUGCUUCAUUAUAUUGAGUCUGUUGCAGCAGUGAGACCAGCUGAUGUCAUUCGUCGGAAGAAGACAUCUGCAGUCUGGUUUCCAUACACAACAAUCGAGCGGUUGUGGUGCAAGCUUGAGGAAUUAAUUAGUUCGGGCCAUAUGGUACAUCAAUGUGAAAAGCUAAGAACACUGUUACUGGCGGCUUUGCUCAAGCAUUUCAAACUGCUAAAUGUAGACUCGGAAGAUGUAAUGUCCUCUUCAACGUCUUGAUGCUUAUCCGUUACAACUUUUAGCAUCCGUGGUAACGAGUAAACGUCGUUCAUGGUUUGAUGUCUGUACAGUACCCUGAGUUGGUUUUGACAUCAAGUCAUUCUGUUAUAACCAUGAAUGUCCAAGUACAAACGUAUGUUUCUCGACCUGCUGCCGGCGACUUGCUAUUGAAGACCAAAGUGUUGUUGUGACACUAAAACCAACUAGUGUUUUGGAUCCAGGAUUGCCAGCUAUGUUUUGUUGCAUCACAAAUCUGUCUUGCUUAUAUAGUAUGUACUUCCUUUUUUCUCCUUUGAUGCAUUGUUUUCAAGUACAUAAAUAUUAUAUACUGUAAAUGCAUCCUUCUCAUAGUUGGUAAAAUUUACAAUAACUUAGAUACUGCUAGGCCACAGAGGGCUUUUUAUAAUUUGAUGCAAUGUUGUUUGCACACAUUAUGGCAUGUACUUUGCUUGCUUCUUCUUUUAUUUAUUUGUUUGGCAAGUCAAAAACAGUCUCU